AUGAAGUUCACCUAUCGCAUCCUGCGCCGUCCCUGGCGCGCAAAAACCCCCCUCUACUGGAGCAUGCUGCCCGAGCUAGCCGGCAUCAUCCCGCUGCUGAUCUUGUUCACCCUGCUGCCACGCCGCAAGGAGUUCUGGUCCAUCGGCUAUGAGUACCGUCUCAACUCUAACCCGGCUGUCGUCAUCUUCGCCAUGGUCAACAACCAAGACUCGCCUAAGAUCCCGUUUGUGUGGUCUGAGGCAUCCCGCAACUACAACGUCGCCAUCUCCAUCCUCUCCCUCUUCGUGCUCCUCGUCAAGAUGAUCGCCAUCAUCAUGAAGGUCUACUACCCCCUCUUCGGCACAACCGUCGGCCUGAGCCUGACCGUCGUCUACGCGAUCAGCAUCUAUGGCCAGGCCGGCCCGGACUACCUGGACGACCGCUACCCUAGCCCAAGCCCCUGGUACCUCCGCAAGAGUUGUGAGUUGGGCAGGCGGUUCGGGAAGUAUGACGAGUGUAUCAUGGCUAGGGGCGCGCUGGCCUGCACCGUUUUUCUUCUGACGGUCUAUCUCCUCCAAACAGCCUUCGCAAUCUGGGCCAUGAUCCCCGACAAGAAACUCGACGAACCUCGCGACCCCGAAGAUGAUCUCGACGACGAUGAGUCCUUGUUUGCCAUCAGCAUCCGCUGGGAGAGAGAGAAGAAGCGGAGGAGGGCCGCCAAGGGUAUUGAUGUGGAGAUGACGCCUACGGGCCAAUCACCUGAGGAGCAGAAGCAGGGUGAAGAGCAGCAGCAGCAGCAGCAGCAGCAGCAGCAGCAGCAGGGAGAGCAAUUGCCGCCUUUUACUCCGAGGACGCAGGCUUUUCAUAAGUUGAGUCGGUAUGCUUGA